CUUCGCAACGAUCGUGGACUUCGCAAGGGACAAGAGCUUUUCGCUCAAGCAGUCAGCAGGCGUCAUGGUGUAUUUCGGCUUCACGGAGACCGUCGGCAGAUUGUGCUUACCUCUCGCGGCUGACAGAGGCAUGAUUCGGCACAGCACGCUUAUGGCGGUCAGUUUCGCCGCCAUGGCUGCUUCGAUGAUUCUGCUGGAACGAGGCGCUACGUUGUGGACCCUUACUGUGGGAGCUUCGCUGUUUGCUGCCUUCUUCGGAGCGGCUGUCACCGUAGAGGGCGUCGUGAUCGCGAACUACUUGGGAGUGGACUGCAUGUCCUUCGUGUUCGGCUUCACAGGAGCCAUCAGCGUGCCCUUCUUUUUCGCAAACCCAUUUGUUCUGGGUUUCUUCCGAGACCACGUUGGUUCGUAUCACCACCUGUACAAGAUACUUGCGGCGUCUUAUCUUUUUAUCGGGCUGACGUGGAUACCUGUUCUAUGGCGUGACCGCCACAGCUACUCUACGUGCAGUGGCAUUUAUCCCGAAGCACGGAAACAAGUUAAGCACUGCCACAAAUUAAAACGACACUCUGAUCAAUGGACGAAUUGUCCAGAUGCAUGCGAGAGUGACACAACCGUGUGAGCGCAAAAAGUGUACGAGUGUUUUUAUUGCGAUAGCAAUUAUAUCGACACUUCAACCGGAUUUCUGCCGUCGGCGCCGCCGUCACCGUCGUCGUCGCCGUCGCCGUGAGGUUCCGUACAGAUUCCAAGGGCGAGAAAAUCGUCGCCGCGCGCCGUAUGCGCGAGCGAAAUCGCGCGGGGGACGCGCGCUAUCACGGAGGGCGAACUCCCCCGCGCGCUAUCACGGAGAGCGAACGCACGGUGGAAAGCAAACGCGACCGUCGCGCGAAAGGCCGUGGGGGCAUGGGAGGGAGGUAGGCGGGAGCGACGCU